AUGGUUUCAUUCACUUCUCUCUUCACAGCUUCUUUGGCUGUCGUCGGCGCUCUCGCCGCCCCCGCCACCGACAAGCCCAUGACCACCGACCUCAUCAAGCGCGCUUCGACCCCCUCCUCCCAGGGAACCAGCAACGGCUACUUCUACAGCUUCUGGACCGAUGGCGCUUCCCCCGUCACCUACACCAACGGCGCUGCUGGCGCUUACAGCAUCCAGUGGCAGUCUGGCGGCAACUUUGUCGGUGGAAAGGGCUGGAAGACUGGUGGUGCCAAGAGCAUCAAGUACUCUGGCACUUGGUCCCCCGUCAACAACGGCAACAGCUACCUGACCGUCUACGGAUGGACCAGAAACCCUCUUAUCGAGUACUACAUCGUUGAGAACCACGGCGAGUACAACCCCGGUAGCACUGGCACCCUCAAGGGCCAGGUUACCUCCGACGGUUCCGUCUACAAGCUGUACGAGAGCACCCGUACCAACGCCCCGUCCAUCGACGGCACCCAGACCUUCAAGCAGUUCUGGGCCAUCCGCGAGAGCAAGCGCGUCGGCGGCACCGUCACCACCCAGAACUUCUUCACCGCCUGGAAGAACGCCGGCAUGACCCUCGGUACCUCCUUUGACUACAUGAUCGUCGCCACCGAGGGCUACCAGUCCGCCGGCUCGGCCAGCAUCAAGGUCGAGACCGCUGCUUAA